AGUGGAUUAAUUCCAAGACUUUGUCGAGAUUUAUUUGAUAAAGCUGAUAAUUUGAUUAAAAUAGAGAAGAUCUCUGUAUCAAUUAAAAUUUCAUAUUUUGAAAUAUAUAAUGAAAAUGUUUAUGAUUUAUUAACGAAUAGUAAUAAUAACAAUAAUAAAUUAAGAAUAAGAGAAGAUCCUAAAAGUGGGCCUUUUGUUAAAAAUUUGUCAAAUUUUGCAGUCACAAAUUAUGGAGAAAUUGAGAACUACUUUAAAUUGGGAAAUCAAAAUAGAAAGACAGCAAAGACAAAAAUGAAUAAUAAUUCUUCCAGAUCCCAUGCUAUUUUUACCAUAUCCAUUAAACAAAUUGAAUACUUGGAUAUUUAUAAUGAUAUAAUUAAAAACAUAAAAAAAUCAAAGAUUCGGUUAGUUGAUUUAGCAGGAUCAGAACGAGUCAAUUCCACAGGAUCAAGUGGUGAAAGAUUAAAAGAGGGUUCAAAUAUUAAUAAAUCAUUGACGCAUUUAGGUAGGGUUAUAAAUUCUAAUACUUUGAAUAUCGUGGUUCCAUAUCGAGAUUCUACAUUAACAUGGAUAUUAAAAGAAAGCUUGGGGGAGGGGGGAAAUUCUAAAACCGCAAUGAUAGCGUGUGUUAGUCCUUGCGAUUAUGAUGAAACAUUAUCAACAUUACGAUAUGCAAAUAAUGUUAAAAUGAUAAAAACUGAGGCAAAAAUUAAUAACGAUACAGAUGAAAUCAAUAAUAGAGACGAUGAGAUUAAACCAAGAAAUUAUGGCAAUGAGAGAAAAAAUCAGUUCAUUAGAGUUGGAAUUAGAAAAUCAUAG